GUGGUGGUAUAACAGAUGUGUGCAAGUUUCAGCGAAAUGUGUCGAUAAACUAAUCAUUCGUGACUUUUCAUUAAUUUUUCUCCCUUCAGCCCUACGAAUGAGACCAUCUGCCCUGUUUCAAACAACUCCAGAGACUGGAAACCUUCAACAUUUGUUACGGCUCCUUGGACGACUCAUUGCGAGGCUACGAGCCUUCAGCUGUCUUUUUAUUCUGAAAUGGUGGCAACUCUGCAGCAGGGGCAAAUAGCUUAUCAACUGAAGGCCAGCCAGCGAUGUUCCAGGUUGCAGACGCCGCAGGCGACCUACGAGCAAGAAUCGGCCUGGUGCCGUGAGGAAUUCGACGGACUGGUGUGCUGGCCGCCCACUUCAACGGGACACACCGCGACCGAGCCCUGUCCCGACUUCCUGCAGACUGCGAACCUAUCAUCGGUGAGCCGGAUAUGUGGGCCCGACACCUCCUGGGAGCGCAGCGACACCCUCAACUACACAUCCUGUGGCCUGGAUGUGGAAUAUAGCACAGCCUUGAGGCAGCAGUAUGAACAGAUACAAGACCAUCAAGUAUCCUCAAUGUCUCCUGUCCACAGUUCAGACGCGCAGUUCCUUAUAGAGCUGUUGCAAGAAUGCCACUCCAGACGGAACCACGUCACAUUACCAGAAGGAUUGUAUUGCCCACUGACAUUCGAUGGACUCUCUUGUUGGAACUACACCGUCGCUGGAGAGACGGCUAUCCUGCCCUGCCCCUACUUUGUUGCUGGCUUUGAUCCCCGACGGUUAGCAUUCCGGCACUGCAUGGAAGAUGGCAACUGGUUUCGACACCCUGAAUCAGGCCUCAGCUGGUCCAACUACACAACAUGUGUUGACAUGGAAGACCUGGAGUUCCGCCAGCUAGUCAACUCCCUGUACAUGGCUGGGUACCUCAUUUCAGUGGUGGCUCUCUGUCUCUCCCUCACAAUAUUUUUCUCUUUCCGAUCUCUGAGGUGCACAAGGAUAUCUGUCCACGUGCAGCUGUUCCUGUCAUUUGCUUCUAACAAUAUCAUGUGGCUGAUUUGGUACAAGUACGUCAUCGCUGACCCCACCGUAGUGAAGGAAAAUGGGACAUGGUGCCAGGCUCUGCACGUCUUACUACAGUAUCUUAUGGUGGCCAACUACAUGUGGAUGUUCUGUGAGGGUCUGCAUCUCCACCUGGCACUGGUCGUAGUUUUUGUGAAAGACCGUGUCGUGAUGCGCUGGUUUCAUGCCAUUGGAUGGGGUCUGUCAUUCAUCCUCACAGUUAUCUACGCUGCAGUACGGGGAUCAAGGCCUGAAGACUCACAGCGGUGUUGGAUGGAGGACAGUCACACUCAGUGGAUUCUAACAGCACCGGUCCUCAUUUCCAUGGUAGCAAGUACAAUAUUUCUGGUGAACGUGGUUCAUAUCUUGCUCACCAAACUGCACAGUGCAUCAGCCAACCCAGCGCCACUAAGCAUGCGGAAGGCAGUGAGGGCCACCCUUAUCCUGGUGCCACUGUUUGGAAUCCACCACAUCCUCAUCCCGUUCCGCCCAGAGCCUGGGCAGCCUGGAGAGAAGUUGUACCAGGUGUUUUCUGCUGCGGUUGUCUCGCUACAGGGUUUCUGUGUGUCAUGCCUCUUCUGUUUUGCCAACAUGGAUGUCCACUACGCUAUGUUGCCACUGUUAAAGCAGCUGUUUGGAUCAGGUUUUCGAAGAGAAAGUGCCAUUACAGCACAAGGGGCAAACACCCUAACACACAGUACACGGGACUUGUGUGUCUGACACUGCGUCCGACCGCAGAGGACAAACUGCAACCAAAAUGACCAUGAAAUGGAGAUAUGGUGACCCAGCCACAUGUCAGAAUUGAGCUGACCAUUGUUAAUUACAUUACUAAACUAAAAGUCUAUGUUCAGAAUACAAUAAUGUGGAGUCGGUGCACUAAUAAACAAAUGUUCAUCAUUGUCAUAGUGAAAGCAUAAUGGACCACAAUUUAAACCAGUUCAAUUCAUAUCUUCACCAGUUUCUUAAAGGUCCAGUUUAAUAUAUUCUUUACAUCUAUACCUUGGUCUUCCAAAUGAACUCACUUCAGGUUUUUAAUGACAAUUUUGUACAAAAGUCUCAU